AUGUCCGCCUUGGCUGAGACUGAACCGCUAGCUUUAACUGAUACUACGGACCUUCUCGGGCUCUACCAGGGCGAUACGGCACCGGCGACGAACCAGGGGCAAUUCGGAUCUGUGCUGGAAGCUCCGCGCCGCAACAUUGACGCUGUGAACGCGCAGUUUCGGGCCGAUUUGGAAGAUGGGCACCAGGUCUCGAGGUGUUCCCACAGUCGUUCGGUGCAUUUUCCGGACGAGGACGGGUUGGUUUCCGGGUACAAGGAGGGACCGUCAUCACCAUUUCAACAUUAUGCUCAUCACCAGAAUCAGGCGCAGACGGCUAAUGCUGCUCCCUCCCGCGAGGAAAUCCGCUCCGCCUACACGAAAGCAUGCCAAAAGUUUGGCAUCACCCCGAGCCCGGCCGUCGAACGUCAAAUCCAGCUCUUCCACACCAUCACCGGUGUUCGCCAGCAAACCCUAUCUUUGAAGGGGGAACGGGUCACGCAUAAGCAUAUCGAGGCGUUGGAGGAGGUGCUUCGCCGGGUCCAAUUCGAAAGUCUCGACUUUGAAUACACUUUCUUGGAUGAUGAGUGCAUCAUCGCCCUGGCGGAAAUGCUAGAGUUCUACGAGUCGGCGCAGCGCCUCAACCUCUCCUUCAAUCGCGCGGUCACCUACCGGGGGUGGAUACCGUUCUUUCGAGCUGUUCGGAAUUGCCAUUCCUUGCAAGAUAUCGAUAUGCGCUACAGUUCAAUGUCGGAAAAGGCACUCCCCGGCCUCUCUAAAAUGCUACGCGCCGUCCCUCCAGCCGCCCUCACAUGCCUCCACGUCGAAAACUGUGGCAUGACGGGGAAAAACCUGCUCCACCUCGUCGGCGCAUUAAAGGGAAACACAACGCUCAGGGAGCUCUUUCUCGGGGAGAACAACAUCCAGGAGACCGACGGCGCUCAUCUUUACCAGUUGAUCGUGACAAACACCGGGCUCACCACGCUGGAUCUCAGAAAUAAUGAGCUUAAGGAUGUCGGCAUGCACCACGUCUGCGAUGCGCUCUGUAAUGCAGAAACCCUGCGUCGCAGCUCCCUCCAAGCACUCGUCGUCUGGAAAAACUUCUUGACAGCCGCCUCCAUGAUGGCCGUCGCUCGGGCCCUGCGCCGGAACCCUCAUCUGGAGACGCUUAACCUGGGGAUGAACAAUUUGGGGGAGGCCGGAAUCUCGAACCUAAAAGAAGCGCUACAGGACUCGGCCUGCCAUCUGCAAAGGCUUGGACUCCAAGAUACAAAAAUGGACAAUCAAUGUGCGAUCAUGAUAGCAGAAUGUAUGGCUGAUAAUGAGGCGAUGGUGCGGAUCGAUUUGCGUGAUAAUCCAGGGAUUUCCUCUGCUGGCCUUCUCGCCCUCCAUUCCGCUAUGCGACACAAUAAAACGCUCACCAUGCUCAAUAUCGAUGAAACCGUUGCCGCCCCAACUACAGCUAAGGUGCGGGCGUAUCAGGACGACUUCCGGCGCAUCUACGAGGAGAUCCAGACAAUGUGCAGUGAGAACAGAAGACGAGCGACUGAACGGCUACAAGCCAGGGCUAUUGACGAGGACGAGGGUGUGGAUGGGAAGCAGAAUGAGGCUACGGUCUCGGUAUCUACCCCAGUCCGAGAAGAAGAAGGACAGUCAGCGAGCGGGGAGCAAGAGGGGGGAGAUCUCCACCCGGAAGAGAUCGCCCGAUCAUCCUCAGUGGAUUCUGCUCUACUACAAAAGCCGCGCUCCAGCUGUCGGCUAGCGCGUAGCGCCAGUUUGACCUGUGCAGAGUAUUACCCGGAAAAUACGAUCCAAGAGCGGUUGCGCGAAAUGUCGGGCUCGACGAUGUCGCUUGAUGAGAUUGGGAGUCGUUCUUCAAAUGGAAACGAUUCGGAAAAUACAAGCGAUGAAUCCAACGUCGAGUCGCAGCGGACAAUCAAGCGUGGCGCUACCGUACCCUUCGCCACAAAUGCUCUACAUAAUAAAGGUGGCGGAUCCUUACCAUCAAUCCCGGCCGCCGCUUCAUCACCGCAACCGGCCCCGGUGGUCCGGAAACUCCGCCGCUUCUCCGUCUCCCCCACCACUUCCACCUUCGAUCUCGCCCCCACUUUAAAGCCCAAAACCACUCAAUCCAGUGGUGUCGCCCCGUUGGUCGGGAUCAACAACAACAACAAAAUUGCUCCUCUACACGAGGAACAUUGUCUCGACCCACUUCCAGCCACCCCAAUCCGAAAAGCCGAAGAAGACACGGGCCUCGAGGUGGAGAAGGUCGUUCAUGAUCUCGUCAACUAUGUGGUGUACGAGGAGAAGUCGGUGGCCGAGCGGAAGCGAUCGCUGCUGCUCCAGGGGAACUCGUUGGAGCGGCCGGAUCCGAAGAAGCUGCUCGACGAGUUGGCAGUUAAUGUGGCUACACCGACGACGCCAAGCAGAGUAAUCUCCAUUGCCGAGGAACUCUCCAAUGAGUCCGACUCCGAUGUCGUAGAAUCUGUACUUCGUGGCGUCGUCCGCGAGGUGCUCAAAGUCGAAAAAGAAGAAUUACGCUCGAAUCUCGAAAAACGCCGCAGUCGACUCCUCAACUCUCCUGCCCACUCUCAACCAUCUACCCCAGUC